AUGGGGAGGGAUCUUAUAGAUUUUGCGAUUGCCUCUUAUAAGGUCAUUGCUAAAGUUGUGGCAAACUGUAUGAAAGUUGUCUUGGAUUCUAUUGUUUCAACUUCUCAAAGUGCUUUUGUGCCUGAUAGGCUGAUAAUGGAUAACAUAAUUGUGGCGGGAGAGAUUGGACAUUUCUUGAGGCGGAAACGGGAGGGGCUUGUGGGCUGGGCUGCGCUUAAGUUGGACAUGGCAAAAGCCUAUGACCAUAUGGAGUGGGGUUUCUUGGAGGGUAUGGUGGUUCCCACUAGAGGGAUUCGCCAGGGCGACCCGAUAUCUCCUUACCAUUUUAUUGUAUGUGCUGAAGGGCUAUCACUGUUAUUGCAGCAGGUCGAGGCAAGGGGGGAUAUUCAUGGAGUGAGAGUGGCCCGUGGAGCUCCAUUGGUCACCCAUUUGUUCUUCGUGGAUGACAGGCGUGAUAAGUCGUCUGUUUUCCAUUAUAUUGAGCAACGGGUGAGGGAUAGGGUAUCAGCCUGGUUCUGGUGGCAAAGUGGAGGGGCUGAAAGAAGGGGCAUACAUUGGAUGAGUUGGGCAAGGCUUGCUCUACCCAUGUGUUACGAUGGAAUGGGCUUUAAAAAUAUGCAUGAGUUUAACAUUUCACUAUUGGCUAAGCAGGGGUGGCGGAUACUCAUCAAGCCGGAUUCGCUUGUGUGUAAACUCCUCAAAGCUAGGUAUUUCCCGCACAGUGAUUUCCUGGACGCCACGUUGGGGCAUAACCCAAGCUAUAUUUGGCGUAGCAUCCUAGCUGCACAAGAGCUUCUGAUAAUGGGGAUUGGACGCAGGAUAGGGGAUGGGCGAGAUACGUUAAUUUGGGGGCCGGCAUGGCUGGCGGAUAAAGAAGACCCUCGUUUGCAUACUGCCUGUGUGGAGGAGUUGCGGGUGGCAAGGGAAAAUAGUCAAAUGACUCCGGAAGGGGUUUGGGAUGAUGAGGUGCUUAUUGAUUUGUUUUUGCCGACUGAUGUGUGCAGGAUAAAUCAUACGCCGAUAUCUCCGGGAUAA